GAGGCUUGAUUAAAAACGUUUGGAGAUCAUUCAUAUCUAACUACUUGCAAAUUUUUUAACUAACAGAGAUAAUCUGUGAAAGACUGUUUAUUUUGUACAGGUUAUAAUCUACUCCCUAAAACUAUAGGGUGGACAAAAAACAUUUCCUCUGUCAUACUGUGGAGACUUGGUUGGCACAUCCAGUGUGACUGGUCAAUGUGGGGAGGAAUAGCUCAUUAUUGCAAACACGAUCUAGGAUGGCUAAUAGCGUUCACAUGAGUGGGCUGCUCAGUCGCCACGAUGAUGAAGCCACCAGGACCUCCACCUCAGAGGGCCUGGAGGAGGGUGAGGUAGAAGGGGAGACUCUCCUGAUUGUCGAGUCUGAGGACCAGGCUUCAGUGGAUUUAUCACAUGACCAGAGUGGGGACUCUCUAAACAGUGAUGAAGGUGAAGCAUCCUGGAUGGAGGAGAUGUCCUAUUACUGCGAGAAGUGCCAGAAGUGGAUCCCAGCAAGUCAACUGAGAGAACAGCUCAGCUACCUGAAAGGAGACAACUUUUUCAGAUUUACUUGCUCUGAUUGCUCAGAAGAUGGGAAGGAGCAAUUUGAACGUCUGAGAUUAACGUGGCAACAGGUCGUCAUGUUGGCAAUGUACAAUUUGUCUCUGGAAGGAACGGGCCGUCAGGGGUACUUCAGAUGGAAAGAAGAUAUUUGUGCUUUUAUUGAAAAACACUGGACUUUCCUAUUAGGGAACAGGAAAAAGACCUCAACAUGGUGGAGCACAGUUGCUGGCUGUCUCUCUGUGGGGAGCCCCUUGUUUUUCCGCUCAGGGGCACAGGAAUUUGGAGAACCGGGAUGGUGGAAACUGGUUCACAACAAACCCCCAACAAUGAAACCUGAAGGAGAGAAGCUGUCUGCAUCUGCCCUAAAGGCAAAAGCAGCUUCAAAGCCACCCCUGGAUCCCAUCAUUACUGUGGAAGGACUCCGAAAGCGGGUAAGCCGCAAUCCAGUCGAAUCAGCCAUGGAGCUGAAGGAGAAGAGAUCUCGGACUCAGGAAGCCAAGGAUAUUCGGAGAGCCCAGAAGGAAGCAGCUGGCUUCUUGGACCGGAGUACUUCCUCCACUCCUGUUAAAUUCACCAGUCGCUGCCGCCGUCCCGAUAUCAUCCUUGAGAAAGGAGAGGUGAUUGACUUCUCUUCCUUGAGCUCAUCAGAUCGCACACCUCUGACAAGCCCUUCUCCUUCCCCAUCACUGGACUUUUCUGCUCCUGGCACUCCAGCCUCACAUUCAGCUACUCCCAGCCUUCUCUCGGAAGCAGAUCUUAUCCCAGAUGUCAUGCCACCACAGGCUCUGUUUCACGAUGAUGAGGAAAUGGAAGGAGAUGGAGUCAUAGAUCCAGGAAUAGAGUAUGUGCCCCCUCCCAGUGGGACAGCCAGUGCUGGCACUCUGAUAGCAAGCAGAAAAAAAGUGAAGACAGCUGAACAGAUCAAGCAAGAGGUGGAGAGUGAAGAAGAAAAAACAGAACGGGUGGAAGGUGACAGUGAAGAUCCUGAAGAGUCAAACACAUUGUUGAAGGUGAGGGGACGAGACAAAAGGAAGCCACAGCUGGAGAAGGAUGCUAAACCCAGAGCUCCCAAGCAUACCUCUGUUAGUAUCUAUGAGGAAAAGCUGCUGCUGAAGAGACUUGAAGCCUGUCCCAAUGCUGUGAGCAUGACCCCAGAGGCCCGGAGGCUGAGGCGCAAGCUGUUAGUCAGGCAGGCCAAGAGGGAAAGAGGACUGCCACUCUUUGACUUGGACCAAGUUGUGAAUGCUGCACUGCUCUUGGUUGAUGGGAUUUAUGGAGCCAAAGAAGGAGGUGUUUCCAGGUCCCUAGCAGGGCAAGCAACAUACAGAACUACUAGCCAGGACUUCAGGAUCUUGGAUAGAUACCAGACUAUGCUACCCGCCAUGAAGGGAUAUCGACAGCAGACAACAAAGUUUCUGUAUCGACUCGUAGGCUCAGAAGACCUGCUGACAGACCACAGUGUUGUUAGCCCUUAUACAUCCCGUGUCCUGAAACCUUACAUCAGGCGUGAUUAUGAGACAAAGCCCCCAAAACUCAGGCUGCUGGCAGAAAUCCAGGCAUAUCCACACAGGAAUGAUCUCAACUGGAAGGCUGAGCCAGAAGCACCCAUUGAUUACUGCUAUGUUCGCCCUAAUCACAUCCCCACUAUAAACUCCAUGUGCCAUGAAUUCUUCUGGCCUGGAAUAGAUUUGUCAGAAUGCUUGCAGUAUCCAGACUUCAGUGUUGUUGUCCUUUACAAGAAAGUUAUCAUUGCCUUCGGCUUUAUGGUGCCAGAUGUGAAGUACAAUGAAGCUUACAUCUCUUUUCUGUUAGUUCACCCUGAGUGGAGAAGAGCUGGGAUUGCAACCUUCAUGAUUUACCAUCUUAUCCAGACCUGCAUGGGCAAAGACGUAACUCUUCACGUCUCUGCAAGCAACCCUGCUAUGCUGCUCUACCAGAAGUUUGGAUUUAAGACUGAGGAAUACAUUUUGGAUUUUUAUGAUAAAUAUUACCCCUUGGACAGCAAGGAGUGUAAGCAUGCAUUCUUUCUCAGGCUGCGGCGCUAAUCUGUCAGAGCUGUCUGGGGAUCUCUGAAAAGCCCAAUCUGUCAAAAAAACUACCACAGCUUUUAGUGCAGGAUGUUGGCUGUCACAUGAGAGCUGGAACACACCAGUGGAUUUCAACAGUGCUAUGUUGUGUGCUGAAACUGCAAUCCAAGAGGAUUGAUUCCUAUGCUCCAAGGGCAGAGGCCUGAAAAUGCCAGCUGGGAUAUGCUGAAACCACUGGAAGACUGAAAUUGUUUACAGGGAAUUUUCCUGGCACUGUUACUUUGAAGAGCCUCAUUGACAAACAAGCAAAAAAAUAUUUGUCACUUCAGAGGAGCCCCAUGAAUUUCAAAUCUUGAAACCUGUCAAAAAAAUGCUGCAGGUUUUUAAUUUCAUUUUUUGUUUAUGAAUGAAAAUGAACCUCUAAACUUAAAUCAUUCAAUGUUUCUGUAAUUUGAUUGCUUUGCUAGGAACCAUGUCUUGAGUCUGUGAAGAGAAAUGAGAUAUUGGUGCAUGUAGCUGGGCAGUAACUUUAGGAAAGCUCUACACGUGCCAGAACAAUAGUACUGGAACCAUGUUUUAGGAAUAGUAAAGAGUGUGUGAAUUCACGUGAUUCCAAAUAAAAGGCUCAGAGAAGACACCUUU